AUGGCGAACCCUCUCAAGCGGAAGUUGUCUAGUAUGAGCACAAUCUCUCCCGCCCCCCGAACUACCACGUCUGGUGGCCGAGCAGCAUUUCCCAAUCCCCAGCAACGACAAGAGCACACAAAGCUGAUCGUUGUUCUCUCCCACGCCAGUCUUGAGACAUACAGAGCGUCCCACAGUGCAAAGCCAGGCUCGAAAGACGAAAAAUUCUCGCUGCUGAACAGCGACGAGCAUAUAGGCAUCAUGCGGAAGAUGGGCAGAGACAUCAGCGAGGCUCGGCCUGACAUUACCCACCAGUGUCUUCUUACGCUCCUGGACUCACCCAUCAACAAAGCUGGCAGGCUUCAGAUAUACAUUCACACCGCUAAGGGCACACUGAUUGAGGUCAGCCCAUCCGUCCGCAUACCUCGAACAUUCAAGCGGUUCGCGGGCUUGAUGGUGCAGCUGCUUCACAAACUUUCCAUUAGGUCUGUGAAUUCACAGGAGAAGCUGCUCAAGGUCAUCAAGAACCCCAUCACUGAUCACCUGCCCCCGAACUGCCGCAAGGUCACGCUCUCCUUUGACGCCGAAGUUGUUCGAGUCAGAGACUACAUCGCAGACUUGUCGGCCGACGAGAGCAUAUGCGUCUUCGUCGGUGCAAUGGCCAAAGGUCGCGACGACUUCGCCGAUGCCUUCAAAGACGAUGCCAUCUCAAUCAGCAACUACAGUCUCAGCGCCAGCGUGGCAUGUAGCAAAUUCUGCCAUGCUGCAGAAGAUGUGUGGAACAUCAUCUAG